UAUGAAUAGACUUUGAGUUGACUUGUAAUAAUCUCAUAAAACAAGCAGGAAUUUUCUGUUCAUAUUCAGAGAGGAUUUAAUUUGCCUCAUAAUUCAUCACUCACUUUGACCUAAUUUAUUCAUCAAAUCCAAUUCCAAACCAUGUCUACUAGUACUAAUACAACUGCUAAUCCAAAGAGGAAGAAGCACAACGUGUACUUGAGUUUCUGCAACCAAGACACUGCUUCUUUCGCCAAGCGUAUCUACGCCGCUCUUAGUAGAACUAGAAAAGCUCAAUUUAAUGUUUUCUGGUACGACGAGAAGCUUCAAAGUCGUGACAGAGAAAUACCAACCUCUAUGCUGAAUGUCAUAGGAGAUUGCAAAGUUGCUGUUAUUGUGUUUUCGAGGAAUUAUGUUAAUUCAAGACCUUGUCUUCAAGAAUUUGAGAAAAUAACACAGUGUUGCUUAAACACAACUGGUCUUAUUGUUCUUCCUUUGCUCUAUGAUGGUUACAACGACUACUCGUCGCUUGGAAUUGGUGGAGAGGCUUUUCAUGAUCUUGUGUAUACAAUUUGGGUAAAGGAAACCUCGUUCGAAGAGGAAGAUAAGUUCAUGAGUUGGGUGGCAGCCAUCACUAAAACUACUGCAUAUUCAGGAGUGAUUGAUUUUGCAGACAGUUAUGGAAGGGAAUAUAUUGGGGAUAUAGUUGAAAGUGUUAUUCGUUUGAUAAACAAGAAGAGUGACUUUUUGGGUGCUUUCUAUACUGUGAGUUUAAAAUAUAGGGUGCAAGAUGUGAUUCAACUAUUGAAACAAUCAAGAUAUCCUCUCCUACUGGGGAUAUGGGGGAUGGCAGGGAUUGGUAAAUCAACUAUUGCUGAAGCCGUUUAUAAUCAGGUUGGUCCUUAUUUUGAGUACAAGUUCUUGCUCGAUAAUGUCAGGGAAGUUUGGAAAACAGAUGGAGGUGUAGUUUCUUUACAAGAGAAACUUCUUUCUUAUAGGGGCAAACCAACUGAAACAAAGAUAGGUACGGCUGAAUCAGGAAAAGUUGUUUUAAAAGAAAGACUUCAUAAUAAAAGGGUACUUCUUGUACUUGACAAUGUUGAUAAAUUGGAGCAGCUAAAGUCUUUGUGCGGAAAUCGGGAUUGGUUUGGUCCAGGUAGCAAAAUAAUCAUCACGACCAGGGAUAGGAAUCUACUCACGAAGCAUGGAGUUGACCAUAUAUAUAGAGUGAAAGAAUUGGAAGAAAGUGAAUCGAUUGAGCUUUUUAAUUGGUGUGCAUUCAGCCAAGUAACAACUCCCCAAGACAGUUUUGGUGAACUUUCUAGACAAUUAGUUGCUUAUUCUAGGGGAUUGCCUCUUGCUCUUAAAGCCCUCGGGGGGUUUUUGCACGGAAAGGAAGUACUUGAAUGGAAAGGUGUAUUGAGGAGUCUCGAAAGAUUUUCCUUCCCAGAUCAAGAAGUACUACAUGCUCUAGAAACGAGUUUUGAUGAUUUGAGUAAUGAAGAGAAACAAAUAUUCCUUGAUAUAGCAUGUUUCUUUAACAGGAUGGACCAAAAUGAUGUACUUCAUACAUUAAAUAGGUCGACACAAUGCACUAAUCUUCAAAUAAGUCUCCUUGAAGACAAGAGCCUUUUAACCAUUGAUAAGAAUAACAAGCUUGGAAUGCAUGUUUUGCUACAAGCCAUGGCAAGAGAUAUCAUUAAGAGGGAAUCAAGUAAUAAGACUGACCAGCCAAAGAUGUACGACGUGUUCUUGAGUUUUAGAGGGGAAGACAGUCGUGCAAAGUUCAUGUCACACCUCUAUUCCUCUCUUCAAAAUGCGGGAAUUCAUGCUUUCAGAGACAAUGAUGAGAUACCACGAGGAGAUCACAUCUCAAUCUCACUGUUGCGAGCAAUCGGACAAUCUAGAAUUUCCAUCAUUAUUUUGUCUUCAAAUUAUGCUAAUUCUCGAUGGUGUAUGCUAGAGUUGGUUAAGAUAAUGGAGAUUGGUAGAACAAGGGGUAUGGUGGUUAUGCCUGUGUUCUAUGACGUAGAUCCCUCAGAAGUACGCCAUCAGACAGGUCAAUUUGGAGAAGUUUUUGGAGAUCUUAUCAAAACAAUAUCAGUGGAUGAAUCCACAAAGACUAAUUGGAGAAGAGACCUCAUUGAUAUUGGUGGCAUAGCAGGGUUUGUACUUAGAGAUUCCAGGAAUGAGAGUGCAGAUAUCAAGAAUAUUGUUGAACAUGUCACCCGUUUGCUACAUAGGACAGAGUUAUUUGUUGCUGAACAUCCAGUGGGUGUAGAAUCUCGUGUGGAAGCUGCGACUAAGUUACUAAAUCUUCAAAAAUCAGAUGUUUUACUUUUAGGGAUAUGGGGAAUGGGGGGUGUUGGUAAGACAACCAUUGCCAAAUCCAUUUAUAAUCAAAUUGGGAGCAAAUUUGAAGGAAGGAGCUUCCUUCUAAAUAUAAGAGAAUUUUGGGAGACAAAUAUUAAUUUAGUCUCUCUACAGCAACAGGUACUUUGUGAUGUUUACAAAACUACGACAUUCAAGAUACAUGACAUAGAAUCAGGGAAAAAUAUAUUGAAGGAAAGACUUGCACAAAAUAGGGUACUUGUUGUGCUUGAUGAUGUGAAUGAACUGGACCAACUAAAGGCUUUGUGUGGAAGCCGCGAAUGGUUUGGUCCGGGGAGUAGAAUAAUCAUCACAACAAGAGACAUGCAUCUUCUUAGAUCAUGUAGAGUUGAUCAAGUGUAUACUGUAGAAGAAAUGGGGGAAAGUGAAUCUCUUGAGCUUUUCAGUUGGCAUGCAUUCAAGCAACCUAGUCCAACAAAAGAUUUUGCAACACAUUCAAAAAAUGUGAUUACUUAUUCCGGGAGAUUGCCACUAGCACUUCAAGUCCUUGGGUCCUAUUUGUCUGACUGUGAAAUAACAGAGUGGCACAAAGCUUUGGACAAACUCAAAUGUAUACCCCAUGAUCAAGUACAUAAGAAGCUAAAAGUAAGCUUCGAUGGUUUAAAAGAUGUUACAGAAAAACAAAUAUUCCUUGAUAUAGCUUGUUUCUUUAUUGGGAUGGACAAAAAUGAUGUAAUACAAAUAUUAAAUGGAUGUGGUUUUUUUGGUGAGAUUGGAAUUAAAGUCCUUGUAGAGCGGGCUCUUGUAAGUGUUGACAAUAGGAACAAGCUUAGAAUGCAUUAUUUGUUGAGAGACAUGGGAAGACAAAUAAUUUAUGAGGAGUCACCAUUUGAUCCUGAGAAGCGCAGUAGGUUGUGGCGCCCAGAAGAAGUGUUUGAUUUAUUAUCAAAGCAUAAGGGAACAGAAGCUGUCAAGGGACUGGCUUUGGAGUUUCCAAGAAAAAAUGCAGUUUGUCUGAGUACCAAAGCAUUUAAGAAGAUGAAUAAACUUAGAUUGCUUCAACUUGCAGGGGUGCAGCUUGAUGGAGAUUUUAAAUAUCUUUCAGGGGAUCUUAGAUGGCUGCACUGGCGUGGGUUUCCAUCAACUUACACUCCUGUAGAAUUUCAGCAAGGAAGUCUAGUUUCCAUCGAAUUAAAAUACAGUCAUCUCAAACAAAUAUGGAAGAAGAGUCAGGUGCUUGAGAAUCUAAAAAUUCUUAAUCUUAGUCAUUCUCGGGAUUUGACUGAAACUCCAUACUUUUCGUUUUUACCUAAUCUUGAAAAGCUAGUACUCAAAGACUGUCCAAAUUUGUCUGAGGUCUCCCAAAGUAUUGGAUCUCUCCAUAAACUUCUUCUAAUAAAUUUGACAGACUGCACAAGUCUUCAGAAUCUUCCGAUAAGCAUUUAUAAAUUAAAAUCUCUAGAAUCUUUGAUUCUCUCUGGAUGUUCCAAGAUCAACAAAUUGGAGGAGGACUUGGAACAAAUGGAAUCGUUGACAACCUUGAUUGCGGACAAGACUGCCAUAACAAAAGUGCCCUAUUCAAUAGUAAGAUUAAAAAACAUUGGAUAUAUUUCUAUUUGUGGCUUUGAAGGAUUUUCACGUGAUGUAUUUCCUUCUCUCAUUCGGUCUUGGCUCUCACCAUCAAGUAAUGUGAUUUCCCUAGUUCAGACAUCUACGUCAAUGUCAUCUCUUGGUACUUUCAAGGACCUUCUAAAGCUUCGAAUUCUUUGUGUGGAGUGUGGCUCAAAACUUCAACUAACUCAAGAUGUAGCAAGAAUUUUUGAUGCAUUAAAAGCCACAUUUUUUCAUAAAUUUGAAGCAAAUGCAAGGGAAACUACAUCACAAAUCUCUGAUAUACAUGCUUCUCCUUUAAUUGACGACUUGCUUGGUCAAGUUCACAUUUCAGGGUCCAAUAAUUACUUGAAAUCUCUCUUAAUUCAAAUGGGAACAAAAUGCCAAGUCUCUAAUAUUACCGAAUACAAUAUUUUUCAGACUGCAGAUGCGUUUUGGGAUUCAUUUGUGCUCCCCUGUGACAAUAAUUCUGAUUGGUUAACUUUCCGUUGCAAAGGUCGUGGCAUAGUGUUUGAUCUCCCAACAAAAAAAGGGCAUAACCUGAAGAGUAUGUUGCUGCUCGUAGUCUAUUCCUCUUCCCCGGACACCAUAACUUCAAAAGGUUGCCAAGGUGUGUUGAUCAUAAAUUUCACAAAGGCAACCAUUCAUGCCUGCAAAAGAGAUACGCUAACCUCCUUUGAGGAUGAGGAUUGGCAGAGCAUAACAUCAAAUCUAGAACCUGGUAACAAAGUGGGGGUUAUGGUAGUUUUUGGGGAGGGAUUUAUUGUAAAGUUCACAUCAAUAUCUCUCUUAUAUGAUGAACCGAUCAACAAAGAAAUGGAACACUGCAAUGCAGAAUACGGGGAGGACGAUGUUAUUGUUUCUAGUGAUGGCGACAAGGAUGUUAGUGAUUAUGUUAAUGUAUCAAUGGAUAACGAUGUUAUUAGUCCCGGUGAAGAUGACAAUAUUAGUGAACAUAAGCACUCACAUGCAGCGGAUAAGAAUUCUACUCUUUCGCAUGAUGAUGCCAUGGAAGCAAAUAAGAUUUAUGCUGUCUCUGGUGGCGGUGAUAUACCACCAGAUAACAUUGUUCCCAUUUCUAGAGAAAAUGAAAACGUGAGUGAUAGUAACAACGGGGAUUUGGUAGAUAGGGAUGCUAAUGUUUCCGGUAAAGCAUAUAAGAAUGUUGUUGUUUCUAGUGGAGAUAAAAAUAGAAUUCGUAGACUCUUCACCAAGCUUCCUUCCCUUGUUCGUGCUGUUCUGAUCUCACGCUCUUUCUGGUGCAGUCUGAUUUCCAUUCUGGUUUGGAUCACUUGCCGUGGUUUUAAGAAGCGGCGUAGUCGAAAUAUCCUUACAAGAAAAUGUAGAUCUACACAAAGGGGUACAUGGCUAAUGGAUUGUGCUCACAAGCUUUUUACAUACAAGAAGGCCAACAAAGCUCACAGCCUCAGCCGUUCAGAGUUAAGCUUAUAUGGCAUGAAGUAGAGGGGGAUGCUUUUAAACCCUAAUGAUCGAAAACUUCAAUAUGCAGCAGCUGAACCGAGUACUCAUGUGUCUGACGUUUAGAAACAGUAGGAGGAGCUCCCUAUGCCUGCAGAGGAGAUUUGGCACAUGCAAAGACAUUGUAUGUCAAAGUUUUGGGGGUCCUGAGGAUAUGUUUGUUGUCCUAAGGUUGUUUCAGGACCAUGUUGCAGCUCAGCUGUGGAUUACAGAUGAUCUUGGUUGUCUAAAGGUUGUGAUCCAAAGAAAGAGUGCAUACUAAAGAUGGUUGGCAAGGGUCUGCUGUCCGAUAUCAUUGAUAGGUAGCAUAAAGAAACCAACCGUUUCCACCUACUCUGUGUGGAUACGAAGAUCACGUUGGACGAUGUGUCAUGUGACAUCAGUGCCUUGAUCUAUCUCGCUAUAUCCAGAGACAUUGUGCUGGCUUAUUUACCAAAUUAUCACAAGGGUCAACACUCGCGCUGGAAACUAUGGAUAUCGGUGUCACAAGAGGUGCUCAUGGUUGCUUUAGUUGGCUGCGCGAUGUCUACCGGGUGGAGUUAGAUGAUGAUCAUUUAGACUAUGCAACAAGAGCAUUUCUACUACACAUGACAAGAGUGUGUAACGUUUUGGAAUGAUGGAUGAAUUUCAUUUUUUGUUUUAACUACUUUUAUGGCUGCUUUGCAUUCUUAUACAAUCAUCUCAGUACUGUUAUGGCAUGCAUUGCUCAUUGGAAGUUAUAUGACCCUUUUACAGGUACUUCGAGUCUAUAUUUUAGGGGACAACUUCUCUACCCAUCACAAAAAAUUGGAUAGUGUACAUUCAACCAAUCACAUGAUG